GCGGACGCCGAGCCCAGCCCGCCUCUGAGCACCUGCUGCGGGCGUGGCGACGCCAUGGAGCGUUUUGAUAAAGCGGCGCUGAACGCGGUGCAGCCGUGCGACUUCAGAAAUGAAAGUUCAUUAGCAUCCACCCUGAAGACGCUCCUGUUCUUCACAGCUUUAAUGAUCACUGUACCUAUUGGGUUAUAUUUCACGACUAAAUCUUAUGUUUUUGAAGGCGCCUUUGGGAUGUCCAAUAGGGACAGCUAUUUUUAUGCUGCUAUUGUUGCAGUGGUCGCCGUCCACGUGGUGCUGGCCCUCUUUGUUUAUGUGGCCUGGAAUGAAGGCUCACGGCAGUGGCGUGAAGGCAAACAGGAUUAAAGUGAACAACACCUUUUGAUAGCAUUAAAUUGAUUUUUUUUAAAUGGUAAAUGCGUCUGGGGUAUUGAUGAUUUUAAUAAAGUUGAAAGAACAUGUUAAAAUCAAUCUUAUGGAAUCACGUUUGACUAGUGUAAAUUUUGAUCCUUCUAAAACAAUGGUUUGUAUCAUCAGUUUUAACUGUAUGAGCCUCUCGUUUGCAAAUGAGAAUUUGGAAAAGUUAAAUUGAUUACAAAUAAAUAUGUGAAAUUAGUUACACAUUA